GGGAGCGCAUCAAUCGUACAUGCCGUGAUGGAUGAAGUUUCGACAAACGAUCCAGGAGGUGGGGAGGGCGGGGGAACACUGAUAUGCGCCGGCUGUCUUAAUGCUAUCGACGAGGAUGAAUUUAUACAGGCGUUGAAUCAAGAAUGGCAUAUCGAUUGCUUUCGGUGUUCCGCAUGUGAUAUCGGUCUGUCCUCCUGGUAUUUCGAGAAAGAUGGUCUGCUAUUUUGUAAAGACGACUACUGGGCUGCUUACGGCGAAGCAUGUCAGGGUUGUGGCCAGAUUAUCACUGGUCCUGUCAUGCUGGCAGGGGAUCACAAAUUUCACCCAGAAUGUUUUGCCUGUACUUCAUGCGGCGCUUUUAUCGGGGACGGCGAGAGUUACGCGCUGGUCGAACGCUCCAAGUUGUACUGCGGGAUUUGCUAUAAACGGCAAAUGCAACCGCUCAACAGGACGGCGAACUAUCCGUUCGCCAGGAAACCGCACAGUAUCAGGCUAGUCGAGAUACCUCCCAGCACGACGGACCCGGACAAACAGAGAGGGAUCAAACUCACGUUAGACACGGCUCCCAGUCCUCGCAGCUGCGGCGCUUUGUUGCGUAUCUCAGAGUUAAUGAGAAAUGUUCGUGGAAAGAUCAGUAAGCUGCUGGCCUCUGUGAUGGAGGUUCUAUUUAGGCUAUGCUGCCACUUCUCUAAUCAUAGAUUGAACAUGUCCAGUGAUCUUAUAUCGUUACACAUUGGCGAUCGGAUUUUAGAAGUGAACGGCACCCCUGUUAAAGAUCAGCCGGUGGAGAGUAUCGAAAAUCUUAUACAGUAUUCGGACACAGUUUUACAGCUGACUAUCGAACACGACCCAGACGCUGUGUCACGUCGGCCUACGUUCUCCUCACCGUCCUCGGCGAUGUUAACAUGCGUCGGCAGUCCCAGAACGAGCCCCGAAGGCAAAGAGCGGCUCUUCAAACGCCGCGACGAGGGCUACAUCAGCGGUGCGCGAAGCCGGCAAUUACGAAGAACGAGAGACCCGAUGCACAAAGAGCGCAGCAGUUCUAUGUCGCGAUUGCUCGACGGAUCCUCUCCGAUGAAUCCGACUUGCGAUCUGAGCCGCACCAGAUCCUUCCGCGUGGAGCCAAAGAAUCAGAGAAUAUUUCGUGCGAGCGAUCUGGUGAAGGGCGAGCUUCUCGGCAAAGGAUUUUUCGGGCAAGUGUUCAAAGUCACGCAUCGCGACACGGACGAAGUGAUGGUUCUCAAGGAGUUGUACAGAGUGGACGAGGACGCGCAGAAGAACUUCUUAAAAGAGGUUGCGGUACUGCGCUCGUUGCAUCACAACAACGUUCUUCGGUUUAUCGGUGUUCUUUACAAGGACAAGAAACUGCAUCUGGUUACCGAGUACAUAGCGGGCGGAACGCUGAGGGCCCUGCUGCACGAUACGAACGAACCUCUGCCGUGGGAACAGCGCACGUCCUUCGCGAAGGACAUCGCUGCCGGCAUGGCUUAUUUGCAUUCUAUGAAUAUCAUACAUCGCGAUCUGAAUUCGCACAAUUGCCUCGUCCGCGAGGACAAGACCGUGGUGGUCGCCGAUUUCGGUCUGGCGAGGAUCAUACAGAACGGCAGUUCGCCGGACAGCCGCAAGUACAACCGGCAUUCCGACGGGGAGGCGAGGACCACGAAGAAGGAGCGGAAGAAACGGUACACGGUGGUCGGGAAUCCUUAUUGGAUGGCGCCCGAGAUGAUGAAGGGCAACAAAUACGACGAGAAGGUGGACAUAUUCAGUUUCGGCAUCGUCGUAUGCGAGAUUAUCGGCCGGGUGCAGGCGGAUCCCGAUUACCUGCCCAGGUCCUCGGACUUCGGCUUGAAUCAAAAUGUCUUCAGGGAGAAGUUCUGCGCCAAUUGCCCGGAGACCUUUUACAUGAUCGCGUUCCUCUGCUGCGACCUGAAUCCCGACAAGAGGCCGCCCUUCGAAGUGAUGGAGGUCUGGCUGGAGGGAUUGGCGAUGCAUCUGUCGGUGGGCGCCGAGUUGCCGGCGGAUCUCGAUUACGACAUCAGGAAUUACAAGGGGCCGAGCAGCAGCGAGUCCACGACUCCGGAGACCCUCGCCCCGCAGCUGAGGCCCAUCAAGGAGGGCCAAGUGCAUCAGGAGAAGAAACGAUGCAGCGGCUGCGACGACAGCACGCUGGAACGCGAGGUAGAGCCGGGCAGCGCGCAGCGCGACGUCGUGAGCCCGCGCGGUAGGUACGCCAGGCAGAACAGCAGCAACAAGACCACCGACAAUGUCCCCGGCAAUGUGGGACGUUAUUCGAGGCAAAACUCCAAAUCGAAGGAUCUCGACAAGCCGCCCGACAUCGUCAUCUCCCCCGAUUCGAGCGGUUUCAGCGGCCGAUAUUUGCGGAACAACGUCAAGCUGAAGGACACCGAUAUCCCGAAUACCUACGUUUAUUCGAGGCAGAUCGAUCCGAGCGAGCACAAUUUCACUCGAGUGCCCGCGAUAGAGAAGAUCAAGUAUACGGGAUGCGCGAGCCCGUCCACCGUUUCCGACGCUUCGGAGUACAUAACCGACAGCAAAGGCUCGUACAAGAUCAACAGCCUGAAGGCAAAACCGACGGACAAGCUGAACGACGCGGCGGCCGGUCACAGGACGAGGUCGGAGAGCAAAUUCAAGAUACCGGACGCCGCGAGCUCCGUCGGCUCGUACCUGAGGCAAAUCGGCAAGUCGAUCGGCGCCGUGGAGAAGGAGAACAAAGCGAUAGUCAACAACCGAAAUGGUUGCGGCGAUACCGAUUCGAAGAAAGCGGCCGGCGAAGGCGUCACGAAGUCGUCCACGGGGUACCUGCGAAGGACGAAAAUAUCACCGACCAAGGAGACGUCGAAGAACAACGCCUUCUCCAUCAAAGAGACCGCCGACAAGGCCGUUUCGUCGCCGCGGAAGCCCGGACCGAAAGCCCCGUCGCACCAGGAGGCAAUCGCGAGGAACGAGGACCUCAGAGGCAGGCUGUCCCGACAGGAGAGCGACGUGUCCGACGUCGGCAGCGUUCUAUCUAGGCAGGGAAGCCUCACGGUAUUAGGUGGCUCCUCGAAAUCCAAGGGCGAUAUCUUCUACGAGGAUUACUCACCGUUCAACAGCUUCGCGAAGGGUGACUUUCGCAAGGACGGCGGCACCUUCGUCAGAAAGCAGAACACCGGCUUGUACCACACGGACAGCCUUUAUUCCAACUCGAAGCAGGACGACUUCGUCGUAUCCAAGAAACGGAACGACGGCGAUCGCAUCGUCGGGAGCAAAACGGCGACGGCUGACGCUGCGAAUAACCCGAUGGUGAUUCCCGUUUACGGCGGCGAGCUGAAAGCGAUCCAGCCGAGCGACUAUACCGGCUGCUACAAGGGCGUCGACAUAUGCCGGCAGGAUAGCUUCGGUGCCGACAGCGCCGUCGGUACUAUGAAGAGCGACUUCUUCACGGACGUCGAUUUCGCGCAGAUGAGAGACGGCCGGCACACGCCGAAUCUAUGCCAUACCCCCGACAGGUGCUGCACACCCAAUCGCCCGACGUCGCCGAUAGAGAGUACCGCUUUGUAGACGAGAGAAACAGCUGCUUUGUCCGCGGCAAGAAGAGAGGGCGACAUCGAGACAACGUGCGUAAUCCCCGACGAGAUGAAUCUCACGCUACUAAUAUGAUCUCUAUUCCUAAUGUUAAGGUCUGAACAUGUAACGUGCUUAGUUCGCAGUAUUAACUUUUUCUUCUAGGGUUUACCUUGCCAACGUUAUUAUUUCUAGUUGAGGGUCGAGAGCGACCGACUGAAUUGAAUUCGCGUAUUGACUUUCAUGUAUGAUCGUGAUGCGAAAUUUCGAUUUGGAAUCGCCUCUCGAACGGCAUCCCGAAGUGGGAAGUUUUCGACAAUAUAUAUAUGUAUAUCGGUGUUUUUUCUCGUUCCUCGUUGGGACUCCAAUUCAAAAUAAGGUGGACGAAAUGUGCGAAGAGCGGACAUUCGGACUUCGAAGCAUUCCCGUUUGCCGAGUCGGAGGAUUGUCACUCGUUAAAGUAAGGUACGAUAACGCCAUAAUCAGUAUUAAUGAAUUACGUUUCGUUAUCAGUUUUACUACGGAUUUAGGCACCGCAAGCGACGCAUCGAUUUUAGUCGUAAGCAUUUCGUUACAUUCCCUUACGAGGUCUUGCCAACGCGGCUUUUCAAAAGUGGGAGUUUGCGCGACAAAACGCCACUCCGACGGGAGCAUUCCAUCCAAAAUACUACUUAUAACGCCGGGAUUUUAUAUGAAUGUACGGUUUACGGUAUUAUAUGCUAGCGUUUGCUCGAAGCGGCGGCACUCUGUGAAUACGAUCAAUCUGUGUGAAUGAUAAAUUUCACGAUACCGUAGAAUCAAAAGGAACCGUCAAAAGUCGAGGUACACGGUGCAAAAGCAUUUCCCUGGGAAACAGGCGUGACCACGUGUGUUUUCUUCAAACUGUAAACACGUCACACAGCUUCAGUUUUUUGUAGGAUAGAAUGUAAAAUAUAGUGUCGUAUCUGUUUUCGGAGAGAUAUAUAUAUAUACAGAUGUACAUCACAGUGUAAAAUAUUGUAUACGUUUGUACUACUGAUGUACAUAUACAGAUGAUCUAUAUAUAUAUAUAUAUAUAUUUAUACACACACAUAUAUAUAUGUGUGUAUAUAUAUAUACAUGUACAUACGACGCUUAUAUCCUCGUUAUCUCUGUCAUAUAGUUUCCGAUAUAUUUUGAUAAAGCAAAAUCGUUUAUACGUGUACAUCAAAGAGACACCAUUAGUUGUUUUCAUACUCUUCUUCUUACCGAUAUCAAAUGUACGACCUUUUAACGAGGAUAUAAACAUCGGGGAGGUAGAAAAUAUCAUUUGUAUAAACAACAAAUUAUUUGUAUAUAAUUUUGUAUAUAUCCAGAUAUUUGUGUAAUUUUCGAAACAGUGAUCAGUGUCUGGGUAGAACUGAGUUCUAUACUUGCGCCGUAAGUAUACGGACCAGUUCCUACGUGAUCAGAGAGAUUCAUUUUUCUUCUAUCUCUUUAUACCGCAUCUUGGCUCUAAUUUAUGACGUCUCGACGAAAUUGUUGUGCGUUUGUGUUUUCAAUAGAUGCCAUUACAAGCAAUAAUUUUAAUGCUCAUCAUUUCGUCUCGUUCUUACUCCGUUUGUCAUUACUUCGCGCUUGAUUGCGCGGCGGUGAAUGAAAUGAGGUCGCAGUCAGCGCGAUCACUUUUCUCCACCAGGAAAAUAUAAAUUUAUUUCGCAUGCACCUUACGCAUUGGUUGAUAUAUUGUUUCUAAAUAAAUUUGUUAUCACCUAGAAUAAAGGCAUUCUUUUAUUAUUUUACUCGAAUAACGCGCAUUUGUUGCAGUGAUCGUCUCGUGAUCAUAUAUUUAUCCUUAAAACUGCACGUUCGAUACGCGAAAGAGCCCGAUCAAAGAAUAUCAAUCUUUUAUUUUUCUUCGUAUAUAUGUAUAGAAAGGAUUAUAGAAGAAACAUUGCUGAACGUUACCCUGAAUGAUACGCGCAAACGCUAUCGUGUAGAAUAAAGAUUGGAAUAUAUCGUUAAAUAAAUAAAUAAAUAAAUAAUUAAAUAAAUAUAAAUAUAAAUACAUAAAUAAAUAAAUAAAUAUAUAUAUAUAUAUGUAUGUAUACAUGUCCAGUUGUAGACGAGGACAGUAUGUGCAAUAAUUAUUAUAUAUGGCUUGCUGUAUAUGUUAUAUGGUAGAGUUAGCUUAAGAGAUUGUUCACGGCUUAUUGUUACGAUAGCGAGCUAGUUGACGAAGGUAGAGAACUUCGUGUCGUGUAACGAAACGAUAUUGCGACGUGUUACGAAAAAAACAAAAAAACGAAAGAAAAAGAAAAAAAAUGAAAACGAACGAAAACCUUGCAUUCUCACCGACGAAACGUGUGUGGCGCUACGUACGGCCGUCUUACUUCCGGUUCUUUGUUCUGACGAUUAUAUCGUUCGAUGUAAAUACGCGAUGGGAAGCGGUUGGCGGCCCGUAUUCAGCGUUACGAAGACGGAGAAAGCGCGACGGUGGGAGUCGGACGAAUCGAACGGUGAUCGGAUAAACGGCGGGAGAGAUUCACGACGUGAAAAAUUCGCGAGAAUCCGAACGAAUCGUCGUUUAAUUUGAAACCGACGCUGAAGGAGCGAGAAAUGAUACGGGAUGUCGUAAUAUGUCGCGGAGGACAGUAUUACCGCUACUCACUGCAUAUUGUUGCUUAGUAGCUAACAUACGUUUGAUAUCGUACUCUUUAAUACAUACAUAGCGGGCACAAAGAUCGUGUAAGACUUGUAAAGAGAUAUCUGUAACGAGUAGACGUUAUUUUUAUAGCUCCUGUAAAUUUUCACGUCUUUUUCACAGCCGACACGAUCGACGAUAGAUCGAUACGCGCGGUGCCCGGUCAUUGACGCGUCGAUUCGCCAACGAUCGUUCGAAGCUGCAAUGACAGGACACUAUAUAAUCCCGGUUAUUGAAUAUUUUCACACCUCAGUCUGUAAAUUGACUCGUUUGCCGCAAAUUUUAACGUAGUCUCGAAACCGAUAUUUUUUAUAGCACUAUAGGAAGACUAAUGAAUCUAUAUGGAAAAAGGGAUUAAAAUCAAUUCGAGAUUUAUAUUCUUAUAUGUAAACAAAAAAAGUAUAAUCUUACGUAAAGAUAAAACUCGCCUGCAUGAAGGUAUUCUUUUUAAUUUCACUAAAAAUAUCACAUUCUUGUUAUUCAAGAAUAAUUUCUAUGAAAUGGGAGGAAAAAUCUUGGAUACAGGAAGAACGAUAUCUUCCAAUUGAUACACUUUAUAGUUUGUAAAUAUAGUUUGUUCUAUCCGAUAUUAUUUUUACGUUAAAUUUAACUUGAAAUGUUUUACUGCGUGUUCUUCAUGUGAACAAGUUUUAUCUCGAUAUAAUAUUAAAUAUUCCCGUUUAUACACGAGAAUACGAAUCUUCAAUUGAUAUUAAUUUCUUUUCAUAAUUGACGCUCUAAUUUGAUAAGAGGAAUAAUAUUUUCAUACGGUCAAUGAUUUCUGUCGGCCUAAUUUUUCGCAGAAUAUUGGCGAUUAUUGACGAGCGAUUGAUUACCGAUAGAUUCACCUCACUUUGUAACUGAAUCGCGGAUUAUUUCGCUUGUACGACGAUGCGGAUGCGGAGGAUCCGAUUUAAACGUUGCAAAGUAUUCGUUGUCUCAUCACUAGUCGCGAUCUUGGGGGGUCUAUUAAACCUAAUAUAAUACUCACGUAAUUAAUGUCGAUGCUAUUGUCGUAAAAAAAAAAAAAAAA